GUUUUUUUUCCUUUAUUUUUUAACUUAAUAAUAUUAGUGAUUUUUAAGAGUUAUUAAAUGACGUGUUAUUUUAUAAUAGGUCGGAGUGACGUUUACACGGUGAUGACAAGUUAGUUAGAUAUCUGUAUUAGCCGUAGAAGAAGAUUGUUUGUCGACCGAGGUUAUGUGAAUUUGCGAAGAGUAAAAAUGGAAGCCUAUCAGACCUUUCAGCAGGAAUAUUUACAAAUUCCUAUCAUAACCCGAUCGUAUACGACGGCUUGUGUCUUAACAACGGUUGCUGUGCAACUGGAUUUAAUAACACCAUUUCAACUUUAUUUCAAUCCUGAAGCUGUUAUUAAGAAAUAUCAGAUAUGGAGAUUAUUCACAACAUUCCUGUUUUUUGGAACGUUUGGUUUUAAUUUUCUCUUCAACAUUAUAUUCACACAUCGCUAUUGCCGGAUGCUUGAAGAAGGCACAUUCAGAGGACGCACGGCAGAUUUCUUUUUUAUGUUUGUGUUUGGAGGAACUCUUAUGAUAAUUUUUGCAUUAUUUGUCAAUUUACUAUUUUUGGGACAGGCUUUUACCAUAAUGCUUGUAUAUAUAUGGAGUCGAAGAAACCCAUAUGUUAGGAUGAAUUUUUUUGGCUUGCUAAAUUUUCAAGCACCCUAUUUACCAUGGGUUCUUUUAGCAUUUUCUGUACUGUUGGGAAAUGCAGUAAUGGUGGAUUUAAUGGGUAAGGUAUAUUAGAUUAAAAAUUAUAGU